UCGUGCACCGACCUCAGCCGGAGGGCCCGCGGCACCAUGACGGUGGGAGCCAGGCUCCGAAGCAAGGCGGCGAGCAGUCUCCCGCGCUGCAGGCCCCUCGCCCGGGGGCGAGGGCGGACGGAGGGGGACGAGGAGGCGGCUGCUAUCCUGGAGCAUCUGGAGAGCGGGGCCGAGACGGCGGAGAGCGGGGCGAGCGAGCAGCGCCCGGGGACCCGGGGCGCGCGGAGGGUGCACCUCGCGGUCCUCCCCGAGCGCUACGAGCCGCUGGAGGAGACGGCGCCGGGCGAGAAGCCCAAGAAGAGGUACCGGCAGAAGCUGAAGAAGUACGGCAAGAACGUUGGGAAGGUUAUCACCAAAGGAUGCCGCUACAUCGUGGUCGGCCUGCAGGGAUUCGCUGCUGCCUACUCCGCCCCGUUCGGAGUGGCCACCAGUGUGGUGUCGUUUGUCCGCUAGUGGGAGCUGCCUGGGCAGACUGGAAGCCUCUGUUCUGGGAACAGUGCGAAUCCGGGAGCAUCUCAGACUUGAACUCACAAAAUACUCGGAAGAAAGAAAACGUCUUGGUUGAAUUGGAUGAGUGUUUCCGAUGAGUCAUCCCCCUCCAACUGCUGAGCUCUCCACACGUCUGGGACACGGGUGGCCCUGGUGGACAAUCCCGCAGAGAAUUAGGCUGAGAUCAGGCUUGGGAUUAGGGUCAGUUCGCUAAAACCGGAGCUGCCCGUGAAGGGGACAGGGGCUGGUGUGGAGACAAACACUUGACAGAAGUCCGCGCUCUGGGUGGGUAGCAGAGUGGUGAUUAGGGACACGGAUGGGGGAUUUGCAUCUGGAGUGAGCUGAUUUGCUCAAUUCUAGAAAGCGCACAGGCUGACAGGACUCCCAGCCCUUAGCUGCUUCGGUUCUGAGGACACCCAAGGAACUGUUUGUUCCUGAAGUCAUCCCCCCAUCUCCUUCCUGUACCCCUUUGCCACAAGGAGUUUUAAUUACAGGCUUGAGAAGAAGGAAGGAAGAAAAACCUCUUUGAAGGCUACGAUGCUUUGAAAACUGUGUUGACGAUGUGUCAUGACUGUUUCAAGUAGAUGAAGGCUUGUCACUUUCACCUUCUCUGACAUGAAUGUGGAGGUGGUGAUGAGGGUGGUAGGAUCUGCAAGUUCAGGUGCAGGUUGUUUGAGGGAGAGAGGACUCCUGAGGGCUGCCGGGCCCAGUCCAGCCCAGUCCAGCCCAGUCCAGCCCAGUCCAGCCCAGCCACAUGGAGCUGGCCAGACUCUCCGGCAGGCAGAUGGCUGGCCUCCUGACUCAGCUGCCUGGGGUACCAUCAGCCCCCUCGUCCUCGACAUCAAGCCGACGAAGGGUGCUCUCUCCAGGGAGAGAGGGAGGUGCUAUACCUGGAAAUGAAAGUGUAUUAUUUAGAGAAGGAACCAGAAGGUAGGAGACAGGUACGAAGGAAGCAGAAGAAGGAUGCUAGACGAGAGAAGCGGAAGCACAGGUGCCAGGUCUGCGUUAUCAGCGCUGGAAAAUCUUAAGCUCUGGGCGGGGUCCGGGGGAGGCUGGGUGACCAGAGACACCGUGCUGGUGCUUCCAGACCCUCUGAGGCCUGUGAGCUCACAUUGGCUGCCUUUGGAGCAGCCUUUCCUCUUCCGUGCUGCCCAGUUUGACGUCAUCUCAGCUGGAUUCAAAGUUAGGGCGGGCAAGGGUCCCGGGCCUGGAGGGUGACCCGUGGACUGCCACUGGACCAUCGGACGGGGGGUGCCCACUGCCAGCUUCCACGACAGGCCCCUGUUCUGACCUGGUUUCCAGAAUGUCCCGAAGUCCAAAAUAGUUAUUACGGACCAGUCUGCAGGAUUGGUGGCAACACCUGCUUGUUGCCCUGUGAAGUUUCCCGGGGCAGGGAAAUGAGGGCUCAGUGCUCGUGCUUCACCCGUCAAACCCAACCAGGUGGCACCGGAAAGUGGAGAAGGUUGGAAGACAGACAGAUGGACAGAAAGAGGAACGAGUGGAGGAGAGCAUUGUAGCCGGGAAGCUAGAUUGUGCUUUACGUUCUGGAGGCUCGUGUUGAAGAUGAACUUGGACCCAAUUCCUGCAUCAUUAAUAUCGGUGAGGAAAAGAGAAAACAAAUGGUCUUGUUUUAGCUCAAAUGAUGAGAGUUGAUGGUGGAACAUUUUCACACAUGUACGAUAAUUAGAGCCUGGCCACGCUGGGAGUCAGGGAAGAGAGGCGACAUCCGUGGAAGAAAAAGCAAAGCAUCGUCCGGGGGGAAAGAGAGUCAGGCCUGCGCGACCUGCUGGUCACAGGAAAGGCAGACGGGAAGAAGGAGCCUGUGUGGGUUUGAGGACGCCUGCCCGGUGGCCCAGUGCUGCUGACCUGCCCCCAGAGAAGCCCGUUGAGUCUCCCAGGGGAUGUAGAAGUGUGACCUGUGAGGGACGAGAGCGGCUGAAGCCUGUCCAAGGGAGAAUCGCCCCCGCUUACCCCCAAAUUAGAGACAUUAUAAGGCCAAGCACAUUUGUCCCUCAACGUUUUAGAAUUCUGGUUAAGAAUUAAUCCAGAAAUUUCAAAAGUCAAAACCUUGCAGGGAUGGUCCUGGGAGCCAGAUUCGUGUGCACAGAAGAUGAACUGCUGUAAACUGUCACUCAGCUGAGUUGUCAUUUCCCCCGAGACAAGGCGCCCAUGCUGCAGAUUACCUUUUCGCCUUUUCUUUCUCUUUAGUUUUUAAAAAAAUAUAUCAGCAUCCACACCCUACUAAAAAUUGAGUUUUAGAACCUCCCCUUCACACGAUUGACCAAGAGGCUUCUUUUGUAUGCUUUUCUUCCAUAUCCUGUGAAUAAAAGCCCCAA